AUGGCCUCCGAGUUAGCAGAUUCCAAUUUAUUCAAACCAAUUAAGCUAGGUUCCAUUGAGUUGAAGAACAGGUUGGUGUAUGCACCAACUACUAGAUUCAGAAACUCAACUGAUUUUGUUGCUACAGAUUCCAUGUUGGAAUACUACACCAGAAGAGCAAAGAAUAAUGGUGGUUUGCUGAUUACUGAAGCUACCUUUGCGGCACCUGAGUUUGGUUUAUACGAACGUGGUCCAAUGAUCAAGACCCCAGAACAAGUCAAGGCAUGGAAGAAGAUUGUCGAUUCUGUCCAUGAACAAGGUUCAUACAUUGCGAUCCAAGUUUGGAAUUUAGGCAGAACAGCUGAUCCGGCAUGUCUAAAGAAGCAUGGGUUACCUUUUGUUUCUGCAUCUGAUUUCUAUUUUGAUGAAGCUUCCAAGAAGGCCGCAAUUGAAUGUGGUAAUGAACUUAGGGCUCUUACCAUUCCAGAAAUCAAAGCAAUGGUCGAUGAAUAUGUUGCAUGUGCAAAAAGAUGCGUUGACGAAGCAGGUUUUGACAUUGUCGAAAUACACGGUGCUCACAUGUACUUAUUAGAUCAAUUCUUGCAAGAAUCUUCUAACCAAAGAACUGAUGAAUAUGGUGGAUCCAUCGAAAAUAGGGCAAGAUUUAUGUUGGAAGUUGUCGAUGCAGUUGUUGCAGCCAUUGGUGCAGAUAAGGUUGCUAUUAGACUAUCUCCAUAUGCAGAGUUCCAAGGUGCUUUGGGUUACAAAUCCAGAAUCAAUCCAAUUGUAACUUGGGGUUAUGUUUUAAGUGAAUUGGAGAGAAGAGCCAAGGAGGGUAACAGAUUAGCAUAUGUCUCCGUCGUCGAGCCAAGAGUGUCUGGUAUUUUCGAUAACCCAGAUGCUGCAAAGAUUGAUUUCACUUGGCCAGAUCUGAUUUGGAAAGGUCCAAUCAUCAGAGCCGGUGGUUAUCUCGAUCCAGAAAACCUCUCCAAAUUAGCAAACGCUGUCAACAAAGAUGACCACACGUUGAUUGCUACAGCAAGAUACUACACUUCAAACCCAGAUCUAGUCAACAGGUUGAAGAAUGGCUACCCAUUGACUCCUUACAACAGAGCAGAUUUCUAUAGAAUAGGCUCAAACAUUGGUUACUUAAACUACACUGCUUACGGUGAAGAAGAAGACCAUACUAAAGAUGACGUUGAGCCAAAAGCGCUUUUUUAA